UUUUUAACCUCAACUUGCUUUUUAGGUUAAACAGCACCCACCUAACAUCUGUCACAACUGUUACUAUAUUUUUUAAAAAUGUGCCCCCAUGGUUUCCCAUUUCGUGAUUAUUCGCGAGAAGUGUUGCUAAAAUUUAAAAAACACUAUUACAAAUCGUCUACAGGCUGUUUCAUGAAUUAGGUGACGCAUCGUUUCUUCGUAGUAGAACUCAAAUAAAUAAAUACGUAGUCAUCGCACCAAGCACAGCGAAAUUAUUAAAAGAGAGAUUUUUUAAUCGCGAUAGUUUUCUUUGAUUUCUCUAAUUUAAUUUAACGCACUGAAGUAGAAUUCAUGAACGGCCAAAUCUAUUCGGUUUGCUUUUAGCCAAUUUCCUUUAAAUAAACAAAAAACCGGAAACAUCGGUGAUUGGGUAAGAACACCAAAAUUACGAAGCGGCAAAUAUUUACUUCUGUAGUAACUAGAAAAAAGUGGGUGGCACACUCGUCACUUUCAUUGCACUUUAGAAAUCAUGUAGUUAAGUCCUCGCUCUCAUAAUUCUUUGGUAGUUCGUUCCAUUAAUCAAAAGCGACUAAAAUUUGCAUGGCGUGAUUUUCAACCUUCCUUAAAAAUUGCAUGUUUCUUUCGGAAGUUACACAGCUAACACUUAAACAUGGCUAAGCUUUAUUCAGAGCGAGAUCUCGACAAAUACACUCAAGCUUUGUCUAAAGCGAUUAAUAGUCAAGAAACUCCGGUCAAACAAAAACAUGUCCGUUCAGCUAUUAUUGGUACAUUCCACACUCAAGGCGCCACUACUUUCUGGGCCAUCGCACUCCGGCUACCGGCAAUGGACGAUCGAAUAGUGGCGUGGAAAUUCUGUCAUGUCGUGCACAAAAUAUUACGUGAGGGACACCCCUUAUGUCUCGUACAUAGCCAACGCCACAUUAAAGAUUUAGACGAAAUUGGAAAACUUUGGGUGCACUUGAAAGACGGCUAUGGCAAAAUGAUCCGACUGUACACCUCACUCUUGAUCACGAAAUUAGAUUUUCAUAGGAAAAACCCGAGGUUUCCGGGGCAUUUGGGUGUGACGCCGGACGAACUCGACUCGAUUGGCGGCAACGACAUUAAUAACUUCUUCCAAAUGAGCGUGGAAAUGUUCGACUACUUGGAUAAUAUCAUCGAUUUGCAAGAGGCUGUGUUUGGAUCGCUCGAUAUGGCUCGGUCGAAUUCGAUGACCAGUGCGGGUCAAUGCCGUCUGGCGCCUUUAAUCCCGUGUAUUCAAGACGCUUCCAAGUUGUACGAUUAUUGCGUCAAGAUACUUUUCAAGCUUCAUUUUUCGCUUCCACCGGAUAUUCUCGCGGGGCAUAGGCAAAGAUUUCUUAAACAGUUUAGACUUUUGAAGCAGUUUUACCAAAACACGAGUAAUUUGCAGUAUUUUAAGGAUUUAAUAGCGAUUCCGCCGUUACCAGAAAAUCCUCCGAAUUUUCUAAUUCAGUCCGAUCUUCGGAUGUAUGUAACUCAGGAGGUAGUUGUACCUCAGGAACCUGAAGAAGAGCACCAUCAAACUGAGGGUAGUCUGAUUGAUACGUCUGACCACAUGGACCUUGUAGAUAGUCAUAGUAGUAAUUCAACGUCGCCUGGACCCGCGCACCAGGAACUCAUCGCCGAGAGGGAUUUUCUACGAAACCAAUACGACAAAUUAAGUGCCGACUUCAGUGCUUUAUUGCUUAAAAACCAGAAGACCGUCGACGAUUUUCACAACAAAAUCACGGCUCUGGAAACAGACUUAGUUACCAAAGAAAGCGAAUUAGUACAAGAGCGCCAGGUCAAAGAAGAACUGAUGAAUCAAGCCUUCGCGGUCGCGCAGUCGCAGGACUCCGAACAAAAAGUCAAAGACGAAAAAUUCAACAAACUGAAGGACGUUUACGUGAAGCUGCGCAACGACCACAUCCAGAAAUUGCGCGAGAAAGCCGACAUUGAAAAAAAGUUGUCUCAGACGGCAAAAACGCUCGAAAACUACGAACAAACAAAAAACGAGCUGGAAGCGACGGUGCUGAAUUUGCGGGCCGAAGUCUCCAAAGUCGAGGACCGUUUCCAACAAUCAGCGACCAGUCAAGACGAAGAAUUGCAAAAUUUGAAAAGAGAUAAAGAGUUGUUUAAUAUGGAGACGGAGAUUUUGAAAAAAACCAUCGACGAUGUUUGUCGCGAUAGAGACAACUUGGAUAUGCAGAUAAAAUCGGCGCAGACGAAAAUCGAUCGGUUGGAGGCGGAAAUUCAGGAAAUUUCGACCCAAAAGUCGCAGUUGGAGCGCCAGAUCGACCAAGUUAGGAGCGGUUUUCAAGACGAUAUUAAAGAUAUAAUUUUGAAAGCGAUUGAGAGUAGCGAAAAUAUGCUAAGGGGUGCGAUACACGAGGUUGAUAAUCCCGCUUUGACCGCACUUAUUUGUAGUCCCGACUACUUAAACGACCUCUCGAAAAGUUGCUUGGGGGUUUUAAACUACGACACUGAUCGAAUAUUUUCCGAAAAUUCGUACAUGUUGGUCACGGCCAACGAAAUUUCCCAUCGAAUUGUUGUUUUUAUUCUACAAGGAAGGGCCACGGCUAAUAAAAGUCCGGAUAUUAGUUUUGGAGAAAAAAUCGCACAAGAGUGUAAAAAUUUGGGUGAAAUAGUUCUACAACUUCUGCAAAAUUUUAAGGAGAAGACAGACACUAAACCGUUGCAGACGAAAACCAUCCAGAAAUUACAAGAAGUUGCGACGUUAGCAGACGAUAUUAACAUCUCUUUAAUGGGACAAAACGCCGGAAAUCUUGCAGACAUGUUAGAGAGUGAGAUGUCAGAAAUGGACAAAGUUAUAGAAGAAACGGCCAAACGAAUGCAGGAAAUGUUAACCAACUCCAGGAGCAGGGAUUCUGGAAUUAAGCUAGAAGUGAACAGCAAAAUUUUAGACUCUUGUACCAACCUAAUGCAAGCUAUACGAAUUCUAGUAGCAAAAUCUAAACUACUACAAGCCGAAAUCAUUGCUCAAGGAAAAGGAACCGCAAGUGCCAAAGAAUUUUACAAAAGGAACCAUCAAUGGACCGACGGGUUUAUUUCAGCGGCCAAAGCGGUCGCAGUCGCGGCGAAAUUUUUGCUCACGGCAGCAGACAAGGUUGUUUCGUCCAACGGAAAACUGGAACAACUGAUUGUAGCAGCUCAAGAAAUCGCGGCUUCAACUGCUCAGUUAGUGGUAGCGAGUAGAGUUAAAGCUGAUAGGAAUAGCGGGAAUUUACAACAGCUCACGCAAGCGUCGAAGGGCGUCACUAGGGCUACUGGAACGGUCGUCGGGACUGUCAAGGAUUGCAGCCAGUUGAUUGAUGAAGCGGAGGAAUUUGACGCGACUAAUCUAACCCUACACCAAGCAAAAAGGUUAGAAAUGGAAUCUCAAGUUCGAGUUUUGGAGUUAGAAAAGGAGCUGGAACAAGAGAGACAUCGAUUAAUGGCGCUCAGAAAACACCACUAUAGUCUGGAAGGCGAAAAUGGAGACUAAAAUUUAUGUUAUCAGUAAUCAUUUCAUAACCCACAAGUAUGCAUUUCUUCUUUGUCCAAAGAUAGUAUUGUUAAAUUUUAGCAUUUAACUAUAUUAAUAUUAUAUAAUUUAUACCAUGUAAUAAAAUUUUUAGUAGAAUAAAACUGUUAACAUUG